AUGGCAGCGCGCGAGGCAUCAGAAACAGCCAGUGCGCCACGCACCCUCGUCCACUGUCUGCGCCCCUGGCUGGCCAAAGUGACGAAACAAAUCCCUGCCUGCUGGGCUGGAGCACAAGCAAAAGCGCUGGGGGUGGGUCGUGAGCGGCCAAUGGCGCCAUUAGCCCCAGGUAUUUCCGGCACCAGGACGGCCAAGUGCAGGACUGCAAGACGCCCCCGGGAAGCGGCCAAAGGCAAAUCUGAGGCGUUAGAAGUUGGCGUGUACGGUGUACAGUCUCGUGUACAUCAGCAGCAGCAGCAAGAAGCCUUGAAGCCGCUCAGAACAAGAUUUGAACUGGAAGCUGUCUCAGGCUCAGCACCACAACACGGGACGCAGCGCCCGCUGAUUCGCUGUCGAGCAGCAUCUGCCUCCUUGGAGCAGUCUGGGAGGCGAUCAAUAGGGCCAAGCCUGGCUGGUGACGCUGACGCCUGGGAGGCAACUCAAAAGCCCAUCACGAAGCUUCUUGCUUCGCCAAUUGUGGCCAAAUUCGUGGACGGCGGAUGCCUGGACGCUGAUGGCGGUGCGGGCGAGGCAAACAGCUCCCACGCCGGCUCCAUCGGACGCCAUGGCAGCAUAUAA